GGUACAUGAACUGCAGGGUGCCGGCCAAUAAGAGAUACCAGCCGACCGAGCAUGAACAUGUAGCCAACUGUGUCACGCACGCGCAUGGUGGGCGGGUCUGUGCUUUACUUCCUGUCUGUGGACAAAUGGCACCAAGUUGCUGCCUUGCUCUACGGGAGUGGUCUCACUGGCCUCUUCCUCACCUCAACCCUCUUCCACACUGCUGCCUGGAAAAUCAGCCAUCUCCGGACAUGUUUCAGUGAUCUGUGGGCAUCGUUUUAUAGGAAGGUGGAGGAACGUUUCCACAUGUGUGACCGGGUGGCGAUCUACUUCUUCAUUGCUGCCUCCUAUUCUCCCUGGUUGAUGCUGAGGGAGCUGGGACCUUGGACUUACCAUAUGCGCUGGCUGAUUUGGGUCAUGGCUUGUAUAGGGUCCAUGUACGUCUUUUUUUUCCAUGAGAGGUACAAACUGGCAGAGUUGCUGAGCUAUGUGACAAUGGGGGUUGUUCCUGCCUUGGUCAUUCUGUCCAUGGUGAGCACUAAAAACCAAGGUCUAACUGUUGUCUUCUCAGCUUUUAAAAAGAGCAUCAUAUAAGCCCUUCUUUCAUUGUUAAACACUUCCUUCCAUUGUGACUGAACCAAACGGCCCCUAUAGUCAACCUGAGUACUGUUUGUUUCAGCAUAUUUCCUCCAAACAC